UGAUCCUACGUCAUGCUACUUAAGGUCUUCUGGAGACGAUGAAAUGUCAAAAUUGGAAAUCCCACCCUUGCAUAUUAUUUAUGGGUCAAAAACUUCUGUUGAUAAGUUAGCAUCACGGACUUCAUGGUAUCUGUUGAUCGGAGCAAGUGGUGGUGGAUUGGCGACUCGUCCCUAUGAUAGAGAAUGUAGUCCUUGGAUAGGAUAUGACCAGUUUUACGAUGUGUUGUUCAUGUUCGUAUGGGUUAAUUGGGUAAGGUUUAUACUACCGUUAGGUCAUUCCACGAUAGAUAGGGGAAUCAAGGGCCUGAUGGGAAAGUAUAGGUAUCUAGUUAGCGCGAUAGGUCAUAUCCAUGUUGGAUGGCGGGUAGGCGUACUGCUGUAAGUCCUACACGUUAUUCCGGUGUGGAUUAGGGGAUAACAUGGGAACCCUAAAUAAGGUGGCAUUAACGCUUGCUGUUUUUGCAUGGAGGGAUUUUGCGGGCCGGUGUAGAAUUCUUUUUGAAUGCUUUGUGUUUUGGAAAAUCCCUCCAUGUUUACAUAUUUUUGCUAUGACAUGAUGGACCUUU